GGUUUUGAUGAAUUGUGAUGUCUCUAGGUCUCGUGAUCUGUAGCCAAGAAAGCAAUACAAGCUCAGCAUUUGGCUAAAGUAAACUCUCCUUCAUCAUAUUCUUGACUCUUCUCAACUCUUCUCUUCUAUCUGAUCUGCCCAUUACCCCUUUCGGCUUUGAAACCAAGUCCCACUUCUACAAGGCGGUCAAAUUAGAUUCACCAUUUCAAGAUCUCGCCAAGCUUGGAGCCCUUAUUUAUAUCGAAUACUUAACUUGUGUCGCCUCCGUCAUCGAUAAAUAAAUAGUAAACCCCAAUCGAACCGUCAAUCUGCAGUGUAUCACACAGUCCAGGCCGGCCCCGCGUGCUCCAUCUGGCUCGUCCUGAACUUUUAGCUGUCCUCCCCCUGCUUCUACAACCCCGCAAUCCGCAAUCGGCCCCUCGUCAACUGCUACGCUACUGCUACUGUACACGAGACCGCCUUCGAAAUCUCCUGUCCCGUCGCAAACCCUCCCUUUUCACUCCCCGACUUUUCUAUACACGGCGCAAAUAUACAAUCAUGUCCUCUUCUACAGCCCCAGCCGCGCAGGCCAACAGCAGCAGCUGGACCGCCUUCCUCAAGUCCAUCGCAUCCUUCAAUGGCGAUCUAUCUUCUCUCACCGCGCCUCCCUUCAUCCUGUCCUCUCAGUCUCUCACCGAAUUCUCUGCGUACUGGGCCACGCACCCUCCCGUCCUGACCGCCCCAGCUGCCGAGUCUGAUCCCGCCAAGCGUACUAUGCUCGUCCUCAAGUGGUUCCUCUCGACUCUGAAGCACCAGUACGCCAGCCGGAGUGAGCAGUUUGGAAACGAAAAGAAGCCUCUGAACCCUUUCUUGGGUGAGCUUUUCCUCGGUACCUGGUCCGACGAAGCUGGCGAGACCACCCUUGUCUCGGAGCAGGUCAGCCACCAUCCUCCUGCUACCGCCUAUUGCAUUCGCAACGACAAGACUGGUAUCGAGCUUGAGGGUUACAAUGCUCAGAAGGCCACUUUCAAGAGCACCAUCAUUGUCAAGCAGAUCGGCCACGCUGUCCUACGAGUUCCUCUUCCAUCUGGAGAGAUCGAAUCCUACCUCAUUACCCUCCCUGGUCUUCAUAUCGAGGGUCUCAUUUUUGGUGCUCCUUUUGUCGAGCUUGAUGGCUCAAGUCACAUCACUAGUUCCGGUGGCUUCACCGCCAAGAUUGACUAUAGCGGCAAGGGAUGGCUCUCAGGAAAGAAGAACACCAUCGUCGCCAGCGUUUAUCCUACGGGCAAGGAGAAGGAUGUUCUUUACAAUGUCACUGGCCAGUGGAACAAGGCCCUCGAGAUCUACUCGGGACCUGCCAAGUCUAACUCCAAGUCUACUCUUGUGAGCACCUACGACGCCGUCAACACCGCUCAAACUGAGCUCAAAGUUGCCCCCAUCGAUCAACAGCACCCUCUCGAGUCCCGACGCGCCUGGUCUCGCGUUGCUGAUGCCAUCCAGAAGGGUGACAUGGACACCACAGGUGCUGAAAAGGGCAAAAUUGAGAAUGCCCAGCGCAACAUGCGCACCAAGGAGAAGUCAGAGGGCCGAACCUGGGAUCGCCAGUACUUCACAGCUGUUGAGGGUCAAGACUCUGUCCUCGAACAGCUCGGCAAGGUCGUUGGUGUACCUACUGAUGGAGAGGCUGACAAGACUGGUGGUCUCUGGCGAUUCGACAAGACCAAGGCCGAUGCUCGCGCUGCUCAGCAGCUCUCAGAGGACGCUGUAGCCCAGAUGGAGAAGGAGCUUCUUGGUCGAUAGGCACGCCAAACAGGAUAUGAAAACAAUAGGAGAAAUAGGAACAGGAAAUGGUAAUUGUGAGCUGCAUAAUACACAAUCACCGAGAUCAUGCAGAUAAAGGUGCAAAGUUAAACCAAAAGAGGCGGGCAUGGACAUGGGUUAGAAUACACGGCGCUCGGCAAAUGUUCUCUGAUACAAGAGGCAUUCCGCGACGAACCACGGGAAAUUCAAACGGUUGGUUUGUAUAAUAAUUAACAGGCUAUAUAUGUUCUACGACUAAUGACAUGAUUUUCAUGUUUUCUAAAUUCGCAUCCAUCCACCUCCAGAAUUUCCAUUGAUGCAAGGUCCUAUAUCAGUUUAGCGAGCUAAAGUGGUUUUAGUUUAAAUCACAUAUACACAUUGUAGUAGAGGACACUCAGGCUGUUUGUGCGUCAUCAAUUUUUUUUUCCUCAUUAAUUUUACUACUUUCAUCACCUCGUAACGCCCCUGCAACUAAACACUGCUAUGUUGUGUCGGAACUAAGGUGAGGUUGGGAUAUCAUUAGAACCAGUUAUUGUCUUUUAUCGACAUUUAUAGCUGGUUGGCAGUGUUGAAGUCCUGGAGAGCCUCGGCAACACGCUUGGACAUGGUCUUCUCACCCUCACGGACCCAGACACGGGGCUAGACAUAGUGUUAGUACAUUGUAAUACAUAUACAGUAAUGGGGUGAGAACUUACGUCGAAGUACUUCUUGUUGGGCUUGUCCUCGCCAUCGGGGUUGCCGACGGUGGUGUUGACGUACUCGCGCUUGUUGAUCAUGUAGUCUCGGAUACCGGAGCAGUAAGCGAACUGCAUAUCAGUGUCGACGUUAACCUUGACAACACCGAAGCCAAUGGCGUCGAGGUACUCCUUCUUGGAGGAGCCGGAGCCACCGUGGAAGACGAAGAAGACGGGCUUGUCGUUGUCGGACUUGAGGGCCUCCUUGACGUGAGCCUGGUGCUUGCCGAGAAGCUCGGGGUGGAGCUUGACGUUGCCGGGCUUGUAAACACCAUGGACGUUACCGAAGCCAGCGGCGAUAGAGAAGUAGGGGGAGAUGGGGGAGAGAGUGUUGUAGAUGUUGAGGAUAUCCUCAGGCUGGGUGUAGAGAGAGUUGUUGUCAACAUCCUCGUUGUUGACACCAUCCUCCUCACCACCGGUGAUACCAAUCUCCAUCUCGAGCCACUGCUUCAUGGGGGCAGCGCGCUUGAGGUACUUGGCGGUGGUCUCAAUGUUCCACUCGACAGGCUCCUCAGAGAGAUCGAUCAUGUGAGAGGAGAAGAGGGGCUCACCCUUCUCCUUGAAGUAAGCCUCGUCGGCAUCGAGCAUGCCAUCGAGCCAAGGGAGGAGCUUCUUGGCGCAGUGGUCGGUGUGAAGGACGACGGGGAUGCCGUAGGUGGGAGCGAGCGAGCGGACGUAGUGGGCAGCGGCGAUGGAGCCAGCAAUGGAAGCGGCCUGGUCGGUGUUGCUCACACC